CGACCAUGAACGGGGAGGCCAUCUGCAGCGCCCUGCCCACCAUUCCGUACCACAAGCUCGCCGACCUGCGCUACCUGAGCCGCGGCGCCUCGGGCACCGUGUCGUCGGCCCGCCACUCGGACUGGCGUGUUCAGGUGGCCGUGAAGCACCUGCACAUCCACACCCCGCUGCUCGACAGUGAAAGAAAUGAUGUUUUAAGAGAAGCUGAAAUUUUACACAAAGCCAGAUUUAGUUACGUUCUUCCAAUUUUGGGAAUUUGCAAUGAACCUGAAUUUUUAGGAAUAGUUACUGAGUACAUGCCAAAUGGAUCAUUAAAUCAGCUCCUACAUAGGAAAACUGAGUAUCCUGAUGUUGCUUGGCCAUUACGUUUUCGCAUCCUGCAUGAAAUUGCACUGGGAGUAAAUUACUUGCACAAUAUGAAUCCUCCUUUACUUCAUCAUGACUUGAAAACUCAGAAUAUCUUAUUGGAUAAUGAAUUUCAUGUUAAGAUUGCAGAUUUUGGUUUAUCAAAAUGGCGCAUGAUGUCCCUAUCACAAUCACGAAGUAGCAUAUCUGCACCUGAAGGAGGGACGAUUAUCUAUAUGCCACCCGAAAACUAUGAACCUGGACAAAAAUCAAGGGCCAGUGUCAAGCAUGAUAUAUAUAGCUAUGCAGUUAUCACAUGGGAAGUCUUAUCCAGAAAACAGCCUUUUGAAGAAGUCACCAAUCCUUUGCAGAUUAUGUAUAGUGUGUCACAGGGACAUCGCCCUGACACUAAUGAAGAAAGUUUACCAUUUGAUAUACCUCACCGAGCACUCAUGAUCUCUCUAAUAAAAAGUGGAUGGGCACAAAAUCCAGAUGAAAGACCAUCUUUCUUAAAAUGUUUAAUAGAACUUGAACCAAUCCUGAGGACAUACGAUGAGAUAACAUUUCUUGAAGCUGUUAUUCAACUGAAGAAAACAAAGAGUUCUGCAAGUACUAUUCUUUUAUGUGACAAGGAGAAAAUGAAGUUAUCUCUGAACAUUCCUGUAAAUCAUGGUCCACAGGAGGAAUCAUGUGGAUCCUCUCAACUCCAUGAAAGUAGUGGUUCUCCUGGAACCUCAAGGUCCCUGUCAACUCCUCAGGACGGUGAUUUUUCAUCUAGAAAAACUCAAGAUAAUUCUUCAAUACUAUAUCACCAUCCGGUGAAUCACAGUUGGGAAAGUAACAUCUCUGAGGUUCAGAGGACUAAAUUCUGUGAUCACAAGAUCACCCCGUGCUCUUCAACAAUAGUAAAUCUACUCUCAAUUGAGGGAAAUUCAGAGCGUCUGCAGCCUGGUGUAGCCCAGCAGUGGAUCCAGAGUAAAAGGGAAGACAUUGUCAGCCAGAUGACUGAAGCCUGCCUUAACCAAUCACUGGAUGCCCUUCUCUCCAGGGAUUUGAUUAUGAAGGAGGACUAUGAACUUGUUAGUACCAAACCUACAAGGACCUCAAAAGUCAGACAAUUAUUAGACACCUCUGACAUCCAAGGAGAAGAAUUUGCCAAAGUUAUAGUACAAAAAUUGAAAGAUAACAAGCAAAUGGGUCUUCAGCCUUACCCAGAAGUACUUGGGAUUUCUAGAUUACCUUAUUCAAAUUUAUUUCAAAAUAAAAGCUUAUAAAUAAGUAUUUUUCAAGAAGAAAGUCAAUUUUUAUAAAAGAUUAUUUUAUAUCUCUGUUACCUUGAUCAUAUUGUUUUUAUAAAAUCCAUGAAUACCAAAAGCUUUACUGAAGUGUCUUUGGGUAAAUAUUAGUCUCCUUCCCUGACAUAACAAUAUUUUUUUUUAAUUAAUGUAAGUCAAAAGUUUUCCUUGGGCUACAUAGUGUUCAGUUUUGUCUCUUUUGUUAAUUGAAACUGUUUUUUAAAGUGUAAUAAUUGUAUUCUCAUCCCUAAAAGCGUCUUAAGGUAUUACGUGUUUCUGGUGGAAACCAUCUUCACAUUCUCUUUCUUUGUGGAUUAUUUAUUACUUCUCUAAGAUGCAGUUUGUCUUCAUGAAAUAUAUCCUCUUAAAGAUAGUACAGCAUUCCUAUCCUACAUUCCCAGGUUCAGAUCCUUUCCAAAAGGUUAUUCAUUUUAAAACUCCUUUAUCCAGAUUAUAUUUUUUAAUUCAGUUUAUUAAAUCCUCUUUAAAUAUUGUUGCAAAGAUAAAGCAAUAUAAAUUAUAUCAAGAAAAAAUCUUUUUACACCAAUUGUCUGCUCUCAUUUCUAUUCUCCACUCUCCCCAGUGACACUAACAACCAAGAUGUAACCAAAGUUAACAGCCUAAUGUGUAUCCUUCUUCAUCGUCCAUCCUGCUCAUUUUUAAAGUAUAUACUCAUUAAGGAGAGGAUCAUUUCUUAAUAUUAUUAUAAUCAUUAUAACACAUCACACUACAACUUGCUUUUUCACUUAAUAGUAGAUCACUUACAGCCUUCUGGGUCAGAUACACAUCUGACUCAUUCUUUUUCAUUGCUGUACAAUAUGAUCAGGGCUGCUUUUUUUUAUUUUCUUGUUCACGCCAAAUUUAGCAUGAAAGGUAAAGAUACCGUGUAAGCUCUAUUUUUGGUUAAUGGAAUACAUCACUAAAUAAAAACCAACAAAGAAUAGUCCUUUUUAAAAACUAUUUAGCAAAGGCAGCAAAAUGAGAUACAGGAUAAAUUUGAAAGUACAAACUUUUGAGAAGAAGCACCUGACCCAUAACAUGAAAAAAAAUUGAAUAAGGAAAAGAUUAGAUGUUGCUGAAGAAAUUAAAUAUUUUAUUACAAGUAUAAAAUAAGCAUUUUAAUCUUCAUUUUGGAGCUUGACAUUAACCUGUGGUGCCUAAUUACUAUGGCUCUGAGAAUACGGAAAUUAAUAAAAAAAACUAAGCACGUGAGUUACCAAAUUUUUUAAAUUACUAGGGAAAAUAAACAUUUAAUUUCAUCAAUUGUACAGAAAAAGCAUGUUUUAGAGGCUUUCCCCUUUAUACAUAUUAUAAAAAGAAGCUAAUUCUUUUUUAAUAUAACUCAUUGCUGUCUAGCUGAUUUUGACUUAGCAACCCUAUAGGGCAGAGUAGAACUGCCCCAUAGGGUUUCCAAGGAGCAGCUGGUGGU